AUGCAGGAGACCCAGACAAUAGAGUCACCGUCGAUCCCCAGCCGGUCCUCAACCUCCACCCAGGACCGGUCUUCCACUGUGGGCCAGACCUCGAGCACAGCCCCACAGCCCUCAAAGCCUACCCCGAUUAUCCCACCCCUGGCCAAGUCCACGGGCCCAGGCUCUGGGUCUGUGGUCCGGCGGAUGCGCAGGAUCAUCGCUGAGGAUGCUGAGUGGUCGCUGGCCAUCGUGCCCCUCCUCACAGAGCUCUGCAUUCAGCACAUUGUCAAGAACUUCCAGAACAACCCCAUCCUGAAGCAGCUGCUCCCAGAGCAUCAGAAGAAGGUCCUGAACCACCUGUCUCCUGACCUGCCACUGGCUGUGACCGCCAACCUGAUCGAUGAUGAGAGCUACUGGCGCCGCUGCUGCACGCAGCGGUGGCCCGUGUGCCACGUGGACAAUCACGGCGGCAGCUGGAAGCGCAUGUUCUUUGAGCUGCACCUGGAGAACCUGCUGAAACACUUCAUCCCGAACACCACCGACCCUGCGGUGAUCCUCAACCUGCUGCCGCUCUGCAGGAACUACGUGCGCGCCAUCCGGGUGGAUCAGUUCCUUCCCCCCGUGCAGCUCCCGGCCCCGCCCCGCGGCGGCGAUCAAUCCGAUUCUGGCAGCGAAGGGGAGAUGGAGGAACCGGCCAUGGACCACUACCAACUGGACAACCUGGUGGCUGGCCUGAGCCAUCUGGAGGAGCUGGACCUGGUAUACGGUGUGAAGGACUGUGGCCUGAACUUCGAGUGGAACCUCUUCCUCUUCACUUACCGCGACUGCCACUCCCUGGCAGCCACCCUCAAGGCCUGCCACACCCUCAAGAUCUUCAGGCUGACCCGAAGCAAGGUGGAUGAUGACAAGGCACGCAUCCUAAUCCGCAGCCUCCUGGACCACCCGGCCCUGGAGGAACUGGACCUGUCGCACAACCUCAUCGGGGACCGGGGCGCGCGCGCCGCCGCCAAGCUGCUGAGCCACAGCCGCCUGCGCGUGCUCAACCUCGCCAACAACCAGGUGCGUGCGCCCGGCGCCCAUUCGCUGGCUCACGCCCUGGGGCACAACAGUAACCUCAUCUCCCUCAACCUGCGCCUCAACUGCAUUGAGGAUGAGGGCGGCCAGGCGCUCGCCCACGCCCUGCAUACCAACAAGUGCCUCACCACACUGCACCUCGGGGGCAACGAGCUGUCCGAGCCCACCGCGACCCUCCUGUCCCAAGUGCUCACCAUCAACACCACGCUCACCAGCAUCAACCUGUCCUGCAACCACAUCGGGCUGGAUGGUGGGAAGCAGCUCCUGGAAGGCAUGUCAGACAACAAGACCCUGCUGGAGUUUGAUUUGCGCCUGUCAGACAUCGCCCAGGAGAGCGAGUACCUCAUCGGCCAGGCCCUCUGUGCCAACCGUGAAGCAGCCCGCCAGCGGGCCCUGAAUCCCAGCCACCUCAUGUCCCCAGUCACUGCCAAGGGCCCUGAGAGCCCUGUGGGAUAA